GCGACUUGGAAUACUGGAUAGUCACAUGUGUUUGCAUUAGUAAUGCAGAACAUGCUGUUGCAUCCGCCGGGUUUGGCGGCCCUCCCAUCGGGUAUAGCGCUGCGUCAGACUCGUGUGCUCGCACGGCCCGGCUACGCCCGCAACAUAAAUACGAGCCGAUCCUCUCUGAUGUCGCUUUGUUGUACUCUCGACUUCUUCCUUCAUUCCUCUCCCUUUUCCUUCACUCGGCCCCUGCCUCCUGAUAAUGCGCUCGUCGCCAAUACCUCUCUGAUCGCUCAUUUCGCCAAGGCGGCCGCGUUUCCCUACCGACCACCCUUUGCCUUCCCCUCUUUCCGUCGCCUCAGAGCCUCGCCUAUCGCCUCUCGCGGAGUACUUGCGCUGUUUGGCAGCUAUUUCCCCGGAGCCCUUCUCCUUACCGCUUGCGUUCCGGCCCAUUCUCAUUACGGCUUUCACUCGCCUUAUUCUAAAAUUUCAACUCGACUCUGAGCUUCAUCUACACUAAGCGAUCGAAAUCCGCCUGCUCUCUGCCAUCCAGGAUGCCUCCCUUUGUCCGUGGCGGGCAACGUCGCGUCUGCCUGGUAGGUCCCCUGUAAGAGCGGUUUGCAAUGCAUGCUGAUUCUGACCAGUCACAAAAAUGCCGCAGAUGUCAACUGCGUCCGAUAUAGAGACACUGACCUCCAGAUGCAGACAUUCCCAAUUUGCUAGGUACGAAGACGCCUCCUAGAUAAUCUCGUAUUCGGACCGAAUGUUGGCGCAGCUACAGCGGAGCCUGCAAGAGAUGGUUACAAGAAGGGCAUGUUCGCGUUCUAAUUGACUGUGAUCUGUUUCUGGGUUACACGC